AUGCACAGUCGAUUUGGCAAAUGGGCUCUAGCCCUAACUGAGUACUCUUUAGCCUUCAUGCCUUUGAAAGCUAUGAAGGGGCAAGUAGUCUCAGAUUUUAUAGUAGAUCACGCAGAGGUUGAGACCCCUCAACUCCUAGUUGAGUUGAAGCCUCGGAGAUUAUUUUUCGACGGUUCCACCCAUAAAGAAAGCAGUAGAGUUGGGGUUCUACUGAUUUCGCCUGAUGGAAUUCCAACAAAACUUAAGUAUAGAAUCGAAGGACCUUCAUUCUCUAACAAUGAGGCAGAAUACGAAGCCUUGAUAGCAGGACUUGAAGCCUUGUUGGAAUUGGGGGUAACCAGGGUCGAAAUCAAGGGCGACUUAGAACUAGUAAUCAAGCAAUUAAUGAAGGAGUAUAAGUGCAUCAAGGAAAACCUGAUCAUGUAUUUCGUUAUUGCAAAUAGGUUGCUUAAAAAAUUCAAAUACAUAGAUAUAAAACAUGUCCCUGGAAUUAAAAAUCAAGAGGCUAAUGAUUUAGCACAUAUAGCUUCAGGAUAUAAGAUUUCAAAGGAGAAGCUAGAGGAAUUGGUUGAAGUAAGAGGGAAAGCAAAGGCAACCAGGCUAUCUCCAAGUGACUUGGAGAGAAAUUGUUUGGGUUAUGAUAAUGAAGAAGAAUUCGAAGUAUUGGCCAUUGAUGCUCUAACAAACACAGAUUGGAGAGUUCCAAUUAUAGAAUAUCUUAAAAAUCCUUCGUUGAACAUGGACAGGAAAACCAAGUAUAGAGCUUUGUCGUACGUUUUCAUGGGAAAUAAGCUAUUUAAGAAAAUGCCUGAAGGUACUUUAUUUAAAUGUUUAGGUGAGAACGAAGCGUACUUGGCAUUAUCUAACGUUCAUAGUGGAACAUGUGGGGCACAUCAAGUAGGCCAUAUAAUGAAAUGGUUGAUUUUCAGAUAUGGAAUGUAUUGGCCCAUCAUGCUGAAGGAUUGUAUAGAGUUUGCUAAAGGUUGUCAAGAAUGUCAAAUACAUGCAGGAAUUCAACAUGCCCCUGCAAGUGAGCUUCACGCAAUUAUCAAGCCAUGGCCAUUUAGAGGUUGGGAUUUAGAUUUAAUUGAGCUAGACGAAGAGAGGCUGCGCGCGUUAGAAGUCUUAAAGAGGCAAAAGGAAAUAGUAGCGAGGGCAUAUAACCAAAAGGUCAAAGGUAAAACUUUUACCUCAAAUGAUUUAGUCUGGAAAGUUAUAUUACCUAUGGAUAAAAAGAAUAAAGCUUUAGGGAAACGGUCUCCAUAUUGGGAAGGACCUUUUCGAGUUUUGAAAGCAUUUUCAAACAAUGCAUAUGAGAUAGAAGAACUAGCAGAGGAUCGAAGAAUCCUAAAAGUAAAUGGGAAAUGCUUAAAGAUAUAUAAACCAUUUAUGCAUGAAGUUAAGAUCGCGAAAACGUAG